CCUGUGAAUACAUAUACAGCCUCGUCAUCAAACUAGGUUCUUCGGCAAUACCGUCGUCAAGCGACAUUAAUCCAAGGAUUCUCCUCUGAAAUCGAUUGCUGCACUAUUCAAUCUUCGUCGUCUGUUUUUUUCGCGCCCUAUCACACCAGUCAUCGGCCCAACUCAAAUCACGGCCAUUAAGCGGUAUCUAAGAGAUCAUUGAGACGGGCGAGCAUUAUGGAUCUUGCCUUCACCAGUACCCGCAUAGCUGCCCAGCUGGAAAAGAUCCGUCAGAUACAGCAACAAUAUCGGCACGCGACCAACUGUGGCACCCGAAGCGAUGGAUACGACGCUGAUGUUUCCGAUGAUGGCCUUUCGGACCACCAAAUCGAGGACAUGACCGACGAUACCCACAACGACACAUGCGACCAUGUUGAUGAGGAGUCUGAGGGGGUGGGAAGUAGGAAAUGCGGUGAUGCGCAUAGUGACGGGCCGAGUUGGUCUGGUAAUGGGCAUUGCAUGUCCGACACUGAAUCUGAUGACGAAUCUCGUACUUCCGAUUCUGCUUCUGAGGUAUCUGACAGUGGUUGUGGCGACAUCGAGAUGGAUAUGAUAGAGGAUCGUGUGUACAGCGAUUACCUCAAAGAUAUUCAGGAAGAAUAUAGGGCAUUGGCAAGCAUCGAUCCGCACGGAUACGGGCCCCUGAGACAUGAAAGACGCGAAAUCCGACUCCUCUUCAUCAUGCCACGCGAGUUUAGAUCCGUGACCGGCCGUGAACUGGUGUCUUGCUUUUCGGUUGUCCAACAACUUGACACCGCCGAGCCGUUUACGGGACUCUCUUACGUUUGGGGUGAUGAGAAAGAUACUCUGCCCAUUAUACUCAAUAACAAGGUGGUCCAGGUGACCAGGAAUCUCGCUACCGCUUUGAGGCACAUAGAGCACGAUCGCGGUCGGUUGGGUGUCCGCAUAUUUUGGGUUGAUGCCCUCUGCAUCAACCAGAAAGACAACUCUGAGAAAUCCCGUCAGGUGCAAAUGAUGGGGGACAUUUACAAACGAGCCACUCGAGUUUUUGCCUGGCUCGGUCGAGCAACACGUCGAACUAUCCCGGUCUUCAAGUGGAUAAGAAGGUCGGUGGCCAGAGUCACCUCACGGUAUGAGAGCAAUAACCCCGACCGAGUAUUUCGCCAUGACAUACGCAACUAUGCCUGGCUCAGUCAAUCGCCUUCACCCAUCAGGGAUGUUUACCGUACAUUUAUGACUAAAGUUGUCCGACCUCGACAUGUACGACUGCUUAAUGAGUUUAUCGGGUUGUGCAGACAUCCGUACUGGCAACGGAUAUGGAUCUUGCAGGAGAUAUCAAGUUACUCACCCGUCAAAAUACAUCUCGGGUGUAAUUCCUUAGAUCUUCGCUACGCGGACCUGUUCUGUCGUAUCACGAAGGCAGCUUUUUGGUGGCAUGAUGGACUGUGUGAGGCACAGCUUAUUCCUACAUGUCCCUUGCACAUAUGGAGCAUGAAAGAUGCGGUCAAGCCUUUGCGAGCAAUUAGUAUUGUCGGGAGGGCGAUUGCGAGACAAUGUUUGUUCUAUAUGCUGGUGGACACAAUGGAGGCACAACCUUCGGAUCCGACUCCUCAUUUUCAGUCAACUAAGCCUGAGGAUAGAAUCUUUGCAUUACUGGGCCUUGCCGGCGAUGCACCGGACUUAGGACUAACGCCUGAUUACUCCAAAGGGGUCAAGGAGAUCUAUACGGAAACAGCUUCUUCUAUUCUGCGGCUUCACGGAGAACUUAGCCUCCUUUCGUUUACGCAGGUACCAAAACUGAUUGAAGGUCUUCCCAGUUGGGCACCGGACUGGUCAAUGGUUCUGCCGGCUUGGCCUCUCUAUCGCCAUUUUCACCGUCCGGAGGAGUCAGGAGCGUGUCUGAUGCAAACAAGUCAAAAUCCUCGCGUUGACGGUAACAAUCUGAUACUAACUGGUGUGUCAGUGGAUACCGUUUAUUCUACGCUCAGCAAUCAGAUGUUUGACGGCGCAGCUGCGAGAGAAAUACAGGAGUUCAUGAUGUCCGCCAUGGAGUUCAUCAAGCAUCAUAUUUCCAAUCCGAUGCGGUCUUAUGCAAACAAGAUGAAUACCCUCGAAGCUCUCUACCAUGUAUGUAUACCUGAUGCGAACCUCGAGCCAAAAAUAAUAUUUGAAGGUAACUACGGGUUCGCCGAGUUUCUUUGGGACUUCGAGGUGUCGAUGGGAGCACAGUAUGCGCGUCCAAUACCCGAUUUUAUUCACGUCAUUUUCAGUCGUUUUCAAAGUCAUUACCACUGGGGGCGAAGAAUAUUUUCUACAGCACGGGGGUUCAUUGGUCUCGGUCCUGAAUAUGUAGAAGAAGGGGACGUUGUCGUUAUCUUAUACGGAGGCAAAGUUCCAUUCCUACUGCGUCCGGUCGAGGACGGAAGACAGGGACACUAUGAACUCAUAGGGGAAGCGUACAUGUAUGGUAUGAUGGAGGGCGAGUUCAUGUGGACGAAUCCACCGACGCAAGAAUUCACCCUUGUUUGAGGGAUGAUUGAUGUCAGGAUUUUUGAGAUUGUUAUGAGGAACAUACCUUGUUUGCGGGUUUGCAACUGUUCAUGGCUCCAUAUGAAUGGUCCCAAAG